AUGGCUGACUCUGGCAGAUCAAAGUUCCCACGGCUGGACGAGCCUACGAGCGACUUGGGGCGCUUGUAUGAGCGGGCAUUGAGUGAGGCAAGUGUGCAGCUUGCGGGUCAGGCUACCUUGAAGUUACCCUGGGAGAAGGGCAUUUAUGCCGAGAUUUUCAGUGGUAGCGAGCUACCUAGGAUGCCUACCUUACCUGUGCCUGCUACACUUCCAGUCGUAGAUGUUGCAAGACCUGGGACCCAGCACAGCGAAGCCUUGAAGCAGACAUCAGAUCCUCUGCCAAAAUUCGAGAGUGCAGUCUACAAGCACUGUCUGCAUAAAUCAACUAUUGCUGCUGGCGGGAGACCCGGGACAGAUCGAGAUGCCGUCUACAGGCGCUGGCUUUGUAUCUUGGGCCAUAAUCUUGCUGGCUCUAAGAUUGGAGAGUACAUUGCUGAUGGUGCCGAAGACCCUCUUGUUUUGAUUGCGGACACCUUUGGAGGGAAAAGUACGAGCACCUUGCUUAAGAGAGCCAGGUUUGUCGCCCGGAUGCUUACGUGGGCGUCUGAGCAUAGUCAGACGUUUUUUCCGCUGCGGCUUGGACCAUUGCUUUCAUUCAUGCGCAGUUUGGCAUCAGAGAGUGCCAAGGCCCAGUGUGGAGAGACGAUCAAUUUCCUUGUGCAUGUCCUUGGUGUGCAUGCCGAUCUGGAUAUUUUGAAGCAUCCUGUAAUCCAAGGGCUUCUACGGGGGUCUCGGUCAACAGGGAAAGAGAUCAAGCAGUCCAGGGUACUCACUGUCCGGGAAGUUAUGGCGCUCGAAGAUAUGCUCAGUGAUGCAUCCCUUGAUCCUGUUGAUCGAUAUGGUGCAGGAGUUUUUCUCUUCCAGAUUUACAGCCGGGCACGAGUGUCCGACAUCAGGAACAUCCAUCGCUUUGAGCUCGACCUGAGUGGAGAUGACGGAUACCUUGAGGCGAAAACGAUGGACCACAAGAAUGCGACCAGAGGACGUGGGCUGGGGCAGAGCUUGAUUCUCGUUGCUCCGGUUCAGGGCCUGCGGGAUAAGGCGUGGGGUAUCCAGUUCAUCGAGGUUGCAAAGAUGGUUGGGUUCAACCUUCGACAGGGGGCUAACAUCCCAUGGAUUAAAGGCAACAACCCUCUCCUGGAUGACGAAGGCGAGAGCAGACAUGAAUCAAAGGCUGAGGUUACAGAUCCUCUCAUUCUCGCUGCUGAACAGUUCCGGUUUGGCGAUCCUGAUGAAAUCAUUGACACUGGAGGCGAUGUCGGAAGUGAACACGAGCCCUUGCUCGAGGAAGGAAAGCCGGCUGACAAUUGUGAUGCUGAGCCUGAGCAGGAUGCUGAGGAUUCCGACUCGAGUACCUCUAGUUCUUCAGGUUCCUCUGAUGACAAUGCCGAAGCUUAUGAGAGUUUCGCCAGUGAUGCUGCCCUUGAUUGUGCUGUGCCUCACUUAAACAAAGAGGUGGACUUGGACCUAGUGGUCUUCAUUGAGGAUGGCGAGGGCUAUGGGUUGGGCGAGGGCUUCGGGCCUGCACAGCACAUUGUGCUUGCGCUCGCAGUUUACUAUCGUCUAUUUUGUGAUGGGCUGGGCGAGGGCUUCGGGCCUGCACUGCACUUUGACGAGUGCAACCACAUGACAGGAAUCCUUGACUGGCGUGAGUACCGAAUUGAGCCCAAAAGGUGUGUGGAACGUGGUGAUGACACGUUGGCCGUGUUCUUGGAAAGAUGUGAGACGGCCGGAUUGCCAACGCCGAUUCGGGACAUCUUGGUUGGCAAGAAUCUCAGUACCUUGGCAGGUCUCGCAUUCGCAGCGGGGCAGCCGGGGGAAACACCGAGUGAUGCAGCGCUUACCGGCCUGGCGAGAUCCGGCACGGAGGAAGUUCCAAUAGCGACCCUAGCCUCCUUGAGGCGGUUGGUGUUUGAAGCGCAGCUCCUCAUGACCGCGCAGGUGAAGAUGCUGAUCGAGCAUCGUGCCGAUGACCAAAAGGCGGAAUUAGCACCCGCAGAAAGAUCGGAGCGAAUCCAGAAGCAGAGCGAGCGCCUGGCCGGUGUUGCACUCCGCAACGAGUCAGAGUGCUCCUAUGGGUCAUAUGAUUUUGGUCAUGAAGAUGGUCCAGGAGAACUGUGUCUCCUAUUUGUCUCCAGCUAG